CCUAAAGUAAAUUCCCAUUGUUCGUUUCCUAAUGCACGCUCAGGAACAACCUGGAGGUCCAACAUCGCUCUAAGAAGAUAGUUCAAGGUAGCUUAUAGUCGAUUAAAAUGAGCGCUGGACCUUUGGUGUUUGAACUAAUAGUCGUUUUCUGCGUUGCCGUCUUUCUGCUUCACCACUAUGGUCGAAUUACAAAGCAACAUCCAGCAGUGACUGUUGCAACACUUGUGGCAUGGUAUUUCAGCAUGAUUAUUGUGUUCAUUUUACCCCUUGAUGUUUCAUCGACAUUCUACAGAGAAUGUUUACAGUCAUCCAGAGUUAUCGAAAAUGUCACAGAUUCCUCUGACGUGAUAGCUGACAAUGUUACAACAUGGACUGUGGCAGCGGUUACCACCAUAACAACGUCUGCUUACCAACACACAACAACUGACAAUACCUCCACCCUAUUACCCAACUCCACCACUUACCAAAACCUAAACAACAGCGAGUUUAGACAACGGCACAGCUUAAAUAAUGAUUCAAACAAAAUCAUCUAUGUUGCAAACACUUGCGAAAAGCCUUGGAGUUAUGUGAAAAAAGACACUCUGCCUGCUAUGUGGCAUAUUGUUUACUGGACUUCCCAAUUUUUGACAUGGUUGGUUUUGCCAUUCAUGCAAUCCUAUGUUUGUGCUGGAGAUUUCUCUACACUGGGUAAGAUGAAGAGAGCUGUGAUAGAAAAUGCUGUUUAUUAUGGAUCCUAUUUAUUCAUAUUUGGUUGCUUGCUUAUCUACGUUGCUGCUGCUCCAGAUUUAAGUUUGGACUUGAAGCAAUUAAAAGUUAUUCUUAUCACGGCGUCAAAUACUUGGGGGUUGUUCCUUCUUGUGCUUCUGCUUGGCUAUGGCUUGGUGGAGGUGCCACGCGGCUUGUGGCAUGCCGCAGAUAAUGCCAUAUCCAUGGCACAGACCUAUUUCAAACUUUCAAAGUUGAGCACGGAGAAACAGGAGGCACUAGAAGACCUGGAAGAUGUUUUAGAGGAAGUGAAAAAGGUUUCAAGCAUUGUCCGUUACAAUCAUCCAGUGAGAAAAUAUGUUAGUGAGAUCAUCUUAAAAUGUCCGGAGGACUUACGAUCCCAAAUGAGCCAAGGAAUGGAUGAUUAUGAGGAUUAUGAGAACAGUGGAAGAUCAAGGAACGAAGUACCAAGUGAAAACUCACUUGUCAAGUUACACAGGAAACUUAUCCGUGCGGUCCAUACCAAAAAACGUACAGCAGUUCAGUGGAGAAUUUUAAUGGAACGGGGUUUGCAUCUGGAAAAUAUCGCCAAAAAUGAAAUAAGCAUUGACAGGUAUUGGAGAGAGGAAUUCCCAACCACAGAACCCAGGAAUGCAGUUUCAAAGUUCAUGUGCACACCUGGCACAAAGUGGUGGUGGUAUUGCAAAAUACAACCUUUAGCUCGAAGAAUUCUUGCCGUUUGUCUAAUCUUGCUCUCUAUCAUGGUCGUGUGGUCAGAAUGUACGUUCUUCAACGAGAAACCUGUUCUUUCACUUUUUGCAAUUUUUAUAAACCUUGCGAAAAAGAAUUACGACUACUAUUAUAUUGAGCUGGCUUCUUGUUUAACCAUCUCCUACUUAUGUGUAUGUGCGUACUACACUGUGUUCAGGCUUAAGGUUUUCAACUUUUACUACAUAGCUGGCCAUCACCAGACUGAUGAAACUAGUUUGCUAUUUGUAGGAAUAUCCCUGUGUCGACUUACAGCCCCUCUUUGUCUUAACUUUCUUGGUAUGAUUCACCUUGACACUCAUAUAACUGCAGACACAGGUGUAGAAACAGCAUACACACAGAUCAUGGGUCACUUGGAUGUUAUUUCGUUCAUAUCUGAUGGCUUUAACAUUUACUUUCCAAUCCUGGUGUGUGUUCUGUGUGUGGGGACUUACUUUAAUAUCGGACAAAGAUGUCUCUCAGUCCUUGGAUUUCAGAGGUUUGUUGGUGGAAAUGAUGAUUUGACUUCUGAUCUUAUUGAAGAAGGAAGGCAGCUUGUUAAUAGAGGUACAGAAAGACUUUUGUUUGUUUUUUACAAGCUUGUAAAUAGAGAAAAAAGGAAAAUGAAACUCAAGUUUAAAUCAUUGGAAAGAUCGGAAAGAAGUCGUGCUUAUGGUCACGAUACGGACAUGAACACAAGGCAGUGGCAUGGAAAACGUAUGCAGAAUGUGGAGAAUGAAAGUGAUGAUGCAUCUGCUAUUGGUCGUAAUAACAAGCGCAAAAACGACAAACUUGAACUUCUGAAUGAUGUUGAACCAAUUGACUAUAGUUCUACUUCCAACAGUAGAGUUAGGGCAAGUCCACCCAUGUCUGAAUCUAGAUGGGGAUCAUCUAGUCAACCAAACUAUGUUGCCAACCAACCCCCAAAGAAUAUAUUCGAUGAUGUAUGAAACUUGUGUACUGAAGUAAUUGGUAUAAAACUUAUGGGAAAAUGUAGCAUACAUGUUAGUACAUAUCUGAACUGUAACAAAUUUAUGUGAAGUCCUAUGUUGUUAUUAUUGUUUUAUCUUUUUUUAUGUUUUAAAUGGUCUGCUUUGCCACGCAUAAAUUUAUUUUAUUUGGACCCCAACAAAAAAUAACCAGGUCUAUAACCAUAUGUUUUAACCUAGAAAAUAUAUUUAAUUGUCUUGUUUUUAGUUGGUUUUCUGUUAUUUAUUUAUUAUUUAUUCUCUCUCUCUCUAUAUAUAUAGCUAACUCAUACAGUAGUAUGCGUUUAUUGCCUAUGUCAUUGCUUCGAAAAAACACACACAAAAGCGUUUUAAACUUUAGUAUGAUAUUUGAUAUACAUUUAAAAAGCUGUCCCUGGCCUUGUAAAAUAUAUGUCUGAUAAUUUUAAUGUUAUAGCUGGUGUAUAAGUAUACCAGAAGAGAAAAGAAUCCUGCCUCUGUGUUGUGCAAUUCGAAGCUAUCUUUUGGACAGAUUUUUUUCAUCCAUAUUUUGCACAGUAUGGAAUAUAGGCUCAUUGCACUUCAAUUUGUUCUUGUUGUAUAAUGUACAUUCCCCGCUUUAAAUUGUAUUGAUAAUUUAAAAACAACAAGUAUUUAUCUAAAUAUCAUUUGUUUCCAUUGGCCAGUGCAAUUUAAUUAAAAAUUGCUUUUUUUGAGUUUACAUGUAUAAUAUAGAAAUAGGGUACCUAAACCUGUGUUAAAAAACCCAAACUUUCUCUUAACAUUUACACCAUUCCAAUGCAAAAGUGUAAGUCCAUUUACCAUUACGUUAUGCUUAUGCAGAUAUAAUGUUACAGAUAUACCAUAGUGGCAUAGUACAUAUGUGUGUAGUGCAAUGGUGGUUAAUAUGUUGUGCUUGCUAUUCCUAUUGUAAUAAACUUUAUCUACUGUG